ACACACAAUCAUUUCAUUUCAUCACUAUUCUUCAACAAAGUUCCCUUUUUUUUUUCUUCUUUUUCUUUUUUUAUAUUACCAUUUAAUUUAAUUCCCUUCAACAAAGUUCCCUUUUUUAAUGCCAAAACCAUCUAGAAAACCAGUAAUAAGAAAAAAGGUUGAACUUCAAUUUUGGGUUUGUUGUUUGAUUUCUUCAAAGCAUGAUAUUUUGUUUUUGUUGUACUUUUGUUUUCUUCUUCAAGUUGUUCUAUCACAUGCUUUGAUCUAAAUCCUUGUUUUUUCUUUUUUUUUCUUCAUGUUUUUGUUUUGACUAGUUUUUUAUUGGGAAUUUUGUGAAUUAGGGUAUGUGAAACUGAAAAAGUUUAGAUUUUUAUUGUUGGGUUUUGUGUGAAACUGAAAAAAGUUAAGUUUUUUCUUGUUGGGUCAUGUGUCUUUGAGUUCUUUUUCUUCAUUUCAUUGUUGAGAGUUGAGAGUUGAGAGUUGAGAUUAUGCAUGUUGGGUUUGUGAGCUUUAUAAGGGAAAAUGGCCUUAGAGGAAAUUCAUACAUGGAAUUUGGUAGGACUUAUUGGAGCAUUUAUUGAUCUUUUUGUAGCUUAUGUAUUGCUAUGUGUAUCAACUAUAGCUUUUUUAGCUUUCAAUUUGUAUAGGUUUUUUGGACUUCAUUUACCUUGUCCUUGCAAAGGGAUUUUAGGUUUUAAGAAUAGCAAUUUAUGUUUUCAUAUGAUGCUUUUUGAGUGGCCUUUAAAGAAGGUAUGUUCCAUUCAAGUAAUGGCGGCGAAAAGGUUUCCUUUUGAUCUUGUUUGGGUGAAAAAGGAUCAUUCUUUAAACUAUGCCAAUGAGAACAAAAUGGUUGAUGUCAAUGAUAAUAGGGUUGUUGAAUUGGAAGAUGAGAGUUCGUGUUCCGGUCCUCCACGUUUACUUUCCUUAGUAGACAAGGAAAGUGGUUAUGAUGCUAAGGGAAAGAGGGUUAUGAGUUUGAAACAAAGGUCAGGAAUUCGACGUAGGAAGAGGGGUGGUUAUGAUUGUGGAAAAAUCAAUUCGGUUAUUUGUUGUGAUGAUUUUCAAUCUGAUGUUGUUGCCUUCACUCCGUGCUCUCAGAGUAUUAAUGUUGCCUCAGGGAAAGAAGUUAGUGUACACUACGAUGAAGAUGACCGGACUUUCCAUGAUUUGGACGAAAAAACCUGUCACAGUUAUGAAUUCAAUGCAUCGAUGGUUGAUAGUCCAGUACGAGGAAUAUAUUCAUCCUCUAUGGAACACUACAUGAGUACUACUGUACAAGACAAUAUCCAGAUUGUCAAAAACGAAGACGACCGUAUGAAGAUGUUGGAAAAUGCACUCGAAGAAGAGAGGUCUGCAUAUGCUGCUCUUUAUCUAGAGCUAGAGAAGGAGAGAGCUGCGGCUGCUUCUGCUGCUGACGAAGCCAUGGCUAUGAUAUCGCGUCUGCAAGAGGAGAAAGCGUCGAUGGAAAUGGAAAUGAGGCAAUUCGAGAGGUUAAUUGAAGAAAGAGCUGCUUAUGAUGAAGAAGAGAUGAAUAUUAUGCAAGAGAUUCUUAUAAGAAGGGAAAAGGAGAAUCUCUUUUUAGAAAAGGAACUCGAAAGUUAUAGGGGACAAAGGCCACCGCUUUCAUUUGAAACGUAUGAUGAUCCGCCGCAGAUAGAAAGCACCAUAUUAAAUGUUAAGAAAGAUGGAGAAGAGCCGGAGGAAAAAACCGAACAUAAGGGUCGAGUGUGCGAUGAUCUGCAUAGCUCCUUUUAUGAUACUGAGUCCGAAGUUCUCGAUGUCCAUGUUAUUGAUGACAACGUAGAACGUAAAGAAAAAGAAAUUGAAAAUUUAAGUAGCUCUUUGUGUAGUACUUUUUCGGACAUACCGACAAAUACACAUGUUGAAUUCGGAAGCUAUCCAUGCGUAAGCAAGACUGAAAAUAUUAACAAUGUUGAUGGCCUAAAUAGGCAAUUAUCCAUGCUCUAUAACUCGAAAUGCAAAUCUCUGCCUCUCGAUUGUGAAAGUGAUUCUUCGUGUUCUGUUCAUAAUGUUGAGAAGUUAAGGAUUGACAAUGAGAUUGAAGUUCUUGGAGAAAGGCUGAGGAUUGUGAAACAUGAAAAAGAAAAAUUGACUUUGUUUGCAGAGAAGGGAGAAAAUGAAAAAGGUCAGUUGAAGCUUUUGGAGGAGAUAGCAAACCGGAUUCAACAAAUUAAACAGUUAAGGAACCCUGCACGAGGGGUGUCCUUGCCACCUUCGUCGGCUAAGGUGAACGAUAGGAAAAGGCGCUGCCAAAGCGCGACUUGGGAGACCUGUGAAAGCUACUAAAUGAUGUAGAGUUUUGUGUAAAUGGGCAAAUCUGGGUUUUAGGAAUGAUUCUAGUGACUUUACUCUUGUGUAGACACUAGAGUUCAUCAUCACUACUUUAUUUUCCUUGUUGUAUGUUUGAGAACUUUUUUGGUAUGUAAAUAAAUAAAGGUGUCAUCAUAAUCAAACAAACUCCAAGUUGUUCUAUUGUAUGUUAUUAGGUUAAAUUACAAUUGGAAUUACUAGUGUGUGUGAAUGUAUGAUAAUAAUAAAAAUGGUGAUCUUUUUUAGUUGUCGCAAGGACAACAAGUUGCCC